AUGAAGCUCAGUGGUACCUGGACCACAGUGGGACCUGACUCACAGUUGUACCUGGCCCGCAGUGGUACCACAGUGGUACCUUGGUCACAGCGGUACCACAGUGGUGCCUGGCCCACAGCGGUACCUGGCCCGCCGUGGUACCACAGUGGUACCUCGGUCACAGCGGUACCACAGUGGUACCUCGGUCACAGCGGUACCUGGCCCGCCGUGGUACCACAGUGGUGCCUUAGUCACAGUGGUACCACAGUUGUAUGUUGGUCACAGCGGUACCUGGCCCACAGCAGUACCUUGGUCACAGCGGUACCACAGAGAUACCUGGCCCACAGUGGUACCUGA